UUCUCGCCUCCGCUAUCGUCACUACGAACAAAAUCGACAUUUGAGACCACCGUUGCCUCUCCCGUGACCGUACAGCCACUCACUCAUUCUUUUUUUUUCAAAGAUUAGCAAUUUCGUGCGCCCAAUUUGUCCCCAAAUCCCAGGGUUCUCAAUUCAGAGCCCUCAGAAAACCCUAAAAUCUACUUGUAAUUGCAACAGUAUCGUAUUUUUUGAUGACCGUGUUUAUAUUUUGUAUAUAAGAUGGAAACGUCCGCAUCUUCGAACGGCGGAAAGGCUCCAGCUUCCACGGGAGAUAGCGGAGGAGCGCCUCCACAGCCGGCGCCUUUACCGGUAGCGAACGCGCCACCGCCUUUCCUGGUGAAGACUUACGACAUGGUAGAUGACCCAAGCACCGAUAAGAUCGUGUCGUGGAGCCGGACUAACAACAGCUUUGUGGUGUGGGACUCGGCUGAAUUCGCGAGAUAUUUGCUGCCCAAAUAUUUCAAACACAACAAUUUUUCCAGCUUUGUCCGCCAGCUCAACACUUAUGGAUUUAGAAAGGUUGAUCCAGACCGCUGGGAGUUUGCAAAUGAGGGAUUCCUGAGAGGGAAAAAACAUCUUCUUAAAAGUAUUAGUCGUCGAAAACCUGCACAUGGACACCAUCAGCAGCAGCAGCAACAAUCACAUGGACAGAGUUCUUCGGUUGGGGCAUGUGUAGAGGUUGGGAAAUUUGGACUUGAAGAGGAAGUUGAGAGGCUCAAAAGGGACAAGAAUGCGUUAAUGCAGGAACUUGUCCGGUUAAGGCAGCAGCAGCAAACUACUGAUGGUCAGUUGCAAGCAAUGAUUCAACGUCUUCAGGGCAUGGAACAGCGCCAGCAACAGAUGAUGUCAUUCCUGGCAAAGGCCAUGAAUAGCCCUGGGUUUCUGGCACAAUUUAUGCAGCAGCAAAAUGAGAGCAACCGACGCAUAUCAGAAGGCAACAAAAAACAAAGACUUACGCAGCAGGAUGGCAUUUCAAGUGACAGUUCUGUUGGUCCCUCAGAUGGUCAGAUUGUGAAGUAUCAACCUUUGAUGAAUGAAGCAUCAAAAGCAAUGCUAAGGCAGAUCUUAAAAUUGAAUUCUCCUCCUAGGCUUGAAAACUUGAACAAUAAUCCUGAUAGUUUCCUGAUUGGCGAUGCUUCAUCAACAUCUAAUGCGUUAGACCCUGACAGUUCUUUGAACCAUGUUUCAGGAGUGACUCUUCAAGAGGUACCUCCUACUUCUGGGCAAUCAUUCAUCUCAUCGGGUUCCACAGUUACUGGGCUCAGUUCUUCAGGAGCAAUUUCUAAAAUUCCUUCAUCAACUCCCCUUGGUGCAACUUCUGUACUUGCGGCUAAUCAACUUUUGGACGUAAAUCAGCUGAUUGGAACUCAAGAAGUGCCUCCAGCGACACUUCCAACAACAGAUGCUUUAAUGCACGAGCUCUCUCAAAUUGUGCCAGAAACCAACGUUGACGUCGUGGGAUCUGCAACGGAGAGUGGUGCUUUCAUGGAUCCAAAUCCAAGUUCAUUAGCAGGGCAGGACAAAAUUUCUCUGGAAUUGGGUGGAAUUUUUUCUGGAAUUUUUUCUGAUCCUGAGACGGAAUGGGAUAACUCCUUGAUGGAUGAGAUACAAGAACUUCCUGGGGUGAGUGAUCCCUUCUGGGAAAUGUUUCUUGAGAGCCCACAUUUUGUGGAGACUGAGGCGAUGGACUCCACACUAACAGAUGACACUUCCAAAGAAAAUGAAAUAAAGCCGUUGGAAAACCUGUGGGGAAAAUCUGUACACAUGGAACAGCUUACGGAGCAGAUGGGCCUUCUAUCAUCGGAUGUGAAGAAAGUUUGAUAUGGUUUACUAAACGUACAUGCCUCUUUAUUUGAGGUAAUUCGGAACACGAUCUGAUAGUCCUCUUGACCAUUAUGGGCCUCUUAACUUGGCGCUUGAAAGAUGAGUUAUAUAAAUAUCUUUUCCAUACUGACAGCAUACGGAAGAUACUGGGGCGGGGUGGUGGUUGGGGGGCUCCUUCGGGUUUGGCUAGAAAGAGACUGUAAGAUUAUUUCUCUGAUGGGAGGAGUUAUUACAUUACGGCUGAUUAAACCUGACUAUCAUCAUCUUAUCUUCCUUAGCCUUCUAAUGCCACGACUUGUCACCCACCACUUUGAUUACCAGCCGGCCUAACCUUUGUCAAAGGCCACCAAAUCACCAGUAGAAUGAGAUUUCAUUUCUUGAUUUUCUAUUGAAAACACGCGAUUUUUUGUGUUCUCAUGGAGGGAGGUGGAUGGUAGUAGUUGUGAGUGGUGGUGUCUGGCUUCCUGGCUAGUGUUUCUAGGGAGGACGAAGAUGUUAAUAAUUGAAUGUGUGUAAAUUUUUGUUUUAUAUUGUUAUGAGGAUAUAUCUUGUAUGCUGUAUAGUAUUACGAGAUACUAAACAAUGUAAUGUUUUAA